GGCUUAUUUGGACAGCCCAACAAAUCUAGUAAAUCAUGGUCUUAUUUGGUUAUGGUCCCAUUUGGUUAUGGUCCCAUUUGGGCUUCGACCAAAUUUGUCCAGCAAAAAAAUGAAGCCCAUUCGGACACGCCCAAACCCGCCCGGCCCGCCCAAUUGACAUUGCUACUUUAGGGUUUACCGAUUGUGCAAAGAGGAAGAGGGCGAUUUCAAUGGCUGACGAUGAUUAUAACGAAGUUGAUGAUUUGGGUUAUGAGGAUGAGCCAGUGGAGCCUGAAAUUGAAGAAGGAGUAGAGGAAGAUGUUGAUAUGAAGGAUAACGAGGAUAUCAAUGGAGAGCCUUUUGAAACUGAAGAUAAGGCCGAAGCAGAACCUGUUCAACGUCCUCGUAAAACCUCCAAGUUUAUGACCAAGUAUGAACGUGCACGUAUCCUAGGCACUCGCGCUCUGCAGAUCAGCAUGAAUGCUCCUGUCAUGGUCGAGCUUGAGGGUGAGACUGACCCACUUGAGAUUGCUAUGAAGGAGCUGAGGCAAAGAAAGAUACCAUUCACUAUUAGACGUUACCUACCUGAUGGGAGUUUUGAGGAGUGGGGAGUUGAUGAGUUGAUUGUUGAAGACUCAUGGAAACGUCAAGUUGGUGGUGAUUGAUAAUCUUAUUGUUGACCAAAUAAUACUAAUAUGUAUUUUUGCAAGAAGCUUGUUACCUCUCAUGAAGUUGAUCAAUUCUUCUCUGCUA